CUAUGCCAUGCCUCCUAAAGGAAAGUCAAAGGCACAAAACAUUAAGUUUUCCCAGUUAGGAAAAUAUACAUCAAACAGAAAAAAAAUCAACGAUAUGGAUUUGAAAAUUUCAAAUCAGAGUAACCUAAUUGAGGAAAAACAAAAACAAUUAGCAGCAUUGAGCAGUGAGAUAACUUUGAUUGAAAGGGAUGUUGAUAAGUUAAGAAAUAGAUUAGCUAGAAAAAGAAAACGUGUUAGACACCUAAACUAUGAGUGUAGUAAGAAUAGAGUGGACUCUGAAGUCAAAUUUAGCAUCAGCAAGGUAACAGCUGAGAGGCGUAGUAAAUUCCCAUCAUCUAGUGAUUUAAAUAGAUCAGCAAAAGAUACACGUCGUCUGGAAACAUUUGAAGCUUGUUCUGCCAUUCACGGAGGGUCUAAGGAAUCUGUUCAGCCGGUUAUGUUUGGUAUGAUUGACACAUUGUGUUCGAAAAUCCCCUCAAAAAUGUUUGCAAAAAGUUUAUUGAAUGCUAAAUCAUCUGUAGUAAAACAGAUAAAGGAAACUACCAUCAAAAUAGCAAAUGAAGAAUUUUACAAUUCAGAAGAUAAUAAACUACGUUCUCUCAAUGUUUUUUACAGCCACAAUGUCAUGGGGAAAGCUAAAUACAUGGCAAUUAGAAAGGCAAAUAGAAUUUCCCAGAAUAAACAGAAUUCAGUGGUUAAUUAUAUUCAGUAUCCUCAUUUAGCAACCAUUAUCAAUAACAUUGAUAUAGGAACACUACAUGACAUACAUCCAACUCUAACCUUUGGAGAUGAAACAAAAUCAGUUACAGGAAAUUAUAGAUCGUGUGAUGAAUUUUUGUUACGAUUGGCAAAAUUCUAUUUAAAAGUGAAUCGUCAACGGAGUGACAAACUAAAAACAUUCAAUAUGCUUGAAAAAAAAGAUUUUGAAUCUUUUCUGUUUGUAUUUGCUCUUGGUGGGGAUGGAGCUCCUAUUUGUGGUAUGUCAUUUUUAGUCUCUUUUCUUAAUGUUGGUAAUCGGAUAUGCAGCAGCUCCGAAAACUUUUUAAUUUUUGGUGGUGAUACUGAGGAAAAUUCUACUGUUGUACGCAAUUAUGUUCUCAAGUUGUUGUCGGACGUGAAGUUUUUGGAAAGUCAGGUUUUCACUGUUUAUGUUGAUGAAGUUGCCUACAAAGUUGAAUUUUUAUUGGGUGAAUUACCUAACGAUAUGAAGAUGUUGGCUUUUUUGGCUGGGGAACUAACAAAUUCAGCCUACUACUUUUCAACGUUCGGAAAUGUAAAUAAAGAUAAUUCAGCCAAAUUUGAAUAUACAUACGGAACCAAGCAAAGUGACAAAUGGAUGCCCUUCAACUAUCACAAACGCAUAAGUGAUGCCAAAAAGGUUGAAGGUAAAAAAAAAGAAAUCGAAGUUAAAUGCAAAGGAAAUAGUGCAACGAAACGUAGUAACUUGACAUCUUAUAUAUCUAAAGUUUUGAAAGGUAGACAAGAAGAAGUCCCCUUGGUUGGCCAUUAUAUUGAUAAAGCAAAAGGCGAACCUCUUCAUCUGAAGAACAAUGUCGUCAAAGAGCACUUCAUGAAGUUAUUCAAUCUAUGUUUGGCAACUGCUCCAUUGAAUUCCUACAAAGCAUUUAAAGAUAUACCUUCCUCACAUGCUUUAAUUAAAUUUGUUAAUUUUAUACGUUCAGCAAUGGGAUGUAAUUUUUUGUCGAAAAAAAUUAUCCGGUGGUUUAAUGAAAGCAGUUCUAAGAAUGAAAGUAGUUUCACUUUUCGUUUUCGUGGAAAGGAGAGUAAAGCCUUUCUUUGUCAUUUCCCAGAAUUAAAUUUACUUAUUUUAAAUGAAUUGAAGAGUGAACAAAUGAAAAUAAGGCUGCAUCAAAUCCAUUUUCAGUUCAUAUGUUUGCGAAAAAUUAUUUCACUAUCAGUACGUGUAGAGAAUUUCAAUUUGGAACUUUUAAAAGAUUUAAAGAAGCAAUGUAAACUACUUUUCAAGUCAAGCUGUUGGUAUGAUGUAAGCGUCUCACCCAGUUUAUGGACUUUAUGUAACUGCAUACCUUUCCAUGCUGAAAGUACUUUGCUGUGCUACGGUUUCGGAAUUGGAUGUAAUAGUAUGGAAGGGCGGGAGCAAAAGCACCAGAUGAUUGUAAAGUAUUCUAACAAUACCACUUUCCAAUGUCGCUGGCCAAGAAUUUUCCGUCACGAGUACAUACAAUUGUUGCAUCUGAGAGAAAACGGUUACGAUAAGUUGCACUAUGUUUCAAGAGGAUCUGAUUACAUACCAGAGAGAGAUAUGUGUUGUGAACAUUGCUUGCUGCUUGUUAGAAAUAACUUGAAAUGCCAACUAUGUGAGAGUGCUUUCAUGAAAAAGGUUUUUUCUGAUUUAGAAAUUUAGACACCGUUUUUUGUUUAAAAGUUCAGUAUGUUGAUAGUUCGUGUUAGAUGUAUAUUUUCCUUAUUUCCUUAUUCUGCUAUAUACUUUUUGUUUGCAUAACAUUUGCAAUGUAUAUUUGUGAAUCAGUGAGAUAGUGUCUUUCGCAAGAGUAUGAAUAUUAAUUUUCCCAAUUAGAAAGCUCAAAGAAAUCAAUUUUUUAAUAUAAAUGUGUGUGAAUUAAUGUUUUGUCAGAACAUUUGGUACAUAAAUGUUUACGACGUAAUCAUAUAGAAAGUAUGGUGACUAUUACAGCAUAAAAUUUAUAAUAUUUACAUCAAAGAAUAUGUAUUUUAUACAAAUAUAUUUUAUUUUUAUGAGCAUGGCAAUGCCAAAUUUUCUCUUGCAAAAGAAAACAAAUUCUAGAUCAUCAUCAUUUUUUUCUGUGAAUAGAUGUUAUAAAACACUAGCUAUAUGAUAGUUUAUAUUUUAUUAAAAAAAAGUUUUCAUAGUUCAUAUGUUUUAUUUAAACAGAGUUGUUGUGUUAUUAUUUGCUUCAUAUUGAGAUACAAUGUGUCACAAAAGUA